GACAGGGAGGGUCCAUUGCACUAGUCGAGGAGCAUCUUGGAGCCGGUGUCAUUACGAACAGAGCGUAAAAAUACGAAUUUUUGAGGUCAGUCCAUCGUCUUAUGGAGGCACAUAUUUAUUGUUGCAGAAAUGAAGAUCUGGAGCACGGAACACAUAUUCAGCUACCCCUGGGAGACAGUGAUCAAAGCAGCCAUGAGGAAAUAUCCCAAUCCAAUGAAUCCUAGUGUGGUUGGAGUGGAUGUUCUUGAUAGGAACUUGGACACGAAUGGACGUCUACACAGUCAUCGGCUCCUGAGCACAGAGUGGGGUCUUCCAGGGGUUGUCAGAGCGAUUUUAGGGACAAAUCGAACCAUGACAUAUGUAAAAGAACAUUCCAUUGUGGACCCAGAAGAAAAGAAAAUGGAACUUUGCUCAACAAACAUAACCCUAACAAAUUUAAUAUCCGUUGACGAAAGGCUUGUCUACAGACCUCAUCCAGAAAAUCCAGAGAUAACGGUAUUAACCCAAGAGGCGAUUAUCACAGUGAAAGGGGUCAGCCUCAGCAGCUACCUGGAGGGGUUAAUGGCUCUAACAAUGUCAGCCAAUGCAAGGAAGGGAUGGGAUGCCAUUGAGUGGAUCAUUCAAAACUCUGAAAGAGAGAAUGUGCCCCUGUGUGACCUGUGUUGAACAGUAAUGAUCUAGCAUCUCUUUUAGAGCCUAUGAAUGAUGAACACAUGAUUAGGACAUAAACGCACCAGCUCUGGAAUCAUGUACAGCUGACCUGUCAAGACUGUAGUCCAGCUCUCUUUGUGUUAAUGGCUACACGCUGUAAGGGAAAUCACAUGUGCUCUUUUAUGCACUGUUGUGAAAAAGGGUUUAAAUCUCAUAAAUUUGCACUAUUACAGAAAAAUACUAAAUAGAGUUUUGAAUGUUGAAACAGAAUAUGUAUGCACCGCACUGACUACCUCUUAUUUGAAAGUUGUUUUAAUGUGAUAAUAGGUGGAUCAAUUCAAUUUUGAAUUGUAAUUGAUUACAUGAUGCUAUUAAAUUUAAUGUCUUAUAAAUCUUUAUUGUGUGAAUGAGAGAGGUCAGUUUGUCUAAACAAUAUUCGAGUUUGUUUCAGAAAUGUAAAAUGUGCAUGGGAAGUCUUAAAGUGUCAUUCAUUUAUAAUACCUCGCUUAAACCUGUAGGAUGUGUACCUUUUGUAGUGUUUAAUUUAAAGAUAUUUAUAUUUGAAUAUUUUUUUGAUGCAUCAUAAUUCCUCAUUAUGGGAAAAUGUUACAAAGCUAAUGUUUUUUAAUUGUUCGUUAUUGCUGUUUUUAUGUUCAUUGUAUCAGAUUUAACAUAAUUUUACAACUUACUUACUACUUACACUCACACUCAACUUCCUUGAUGAUUUAAAAAGAAAUGAAAUUGAUUUGAAAACAAAUGAUUUUCAAAUAGUCUACCUGUCAUUCAUGUUCAAAUGAUUGUCAAGUCCUAACAGAGCCCCCUAUUGGCAAGUAUGUGUAAAGCAAAGCAAUUAUUUAUUUUCAGUGAUUUAAAUUGCACAUUUAAAAGAAAAAUCUGCUUAAAUGUGAUAUCUUGUCAUCUUUUGUGUUGUUACUUGGCUUACAGCAGUGUAAGUAUCUUAUUAGGGGCAAUCUUUGCCACAUGGAACAGCUUUAUAGGUGCAUUUAUUUUUUCCGAUAUACACAGAAUAUUAUCAGUUUGUCAUGCAUUUCAAACCUGAAAACUUGCUUCAAAUUUUAGUAAGAGCAUAUUUUCUAGUCUAGAUCUUUGCAUAAUUGAACACCUUUUAUUACUGCAUGGCAUGGUAUGUUGAAUUUAAGGUCAUAGUACUGUAGUAGUUUUAAUUGUAAAAAUAACCUACUUGACAUUUUGUAAGGCUGCUAUAGGCUACUCCUCCAGUGCAAAAUCAGCAUUUUACCUAAUAAUGUAACGUUAGCCAAGCAGAAGUAUGCAAACCUGAAGUGGCCUAAGCAGAUUUAUAGACAGUUAUAUAAGCAGUAAUAUGUAAAAAAAAAGAUUGAUUCAAUCUAGUAUGGAAAAACUUGACUGGUCUGCAUAAAGCCCAGACCUGAACCCACUUCUUUGGUAUGACUUGCAGGCUUUAAGCCAAACACUUGUCACUUAAACCCAUGUAUGAUAGGGUACAGUCAUUUCAGAAAAGAAAAAGACCCUUCCACAACUGUUGCAAGAAAGAUAGAAAAGCAAAUUCUUAAUUAAAUAAGGUAUUGUAUGCAUUAAUACUUGUUUUGAUCAGAAUUACCGGAAUUGAUAAACAAAGUUUUGUCCAUAUAGUGUAUUACUCUCAUGUCAAACUGAAGUCUGUUUUCCCAUUGACAUUUUAAUGCAUAUCUAAUUCAUCUUGGAAAGGGGGCAUAUAACAAGAUCUAAGAUAAAAAGACAAAAAAAGACACUAAUAAAAUGUCUUAAAUGCCUCCUGAAAUUUUUUUUCUCGCACUGUGUGGAUUUAAUAGCUACAUUAGAAAUAAAACUAUAUUUUAAGAAAAUAUAAGAAAAUGUUGAUGUUAUUCUUAAAAUGCACAUUCUGUAUUUGAAUGUACUCACUGUGUUGAUACAUCAAUAUACGCAAUAAAUACAUGGCAAAAACAGCGAUUCAGAGAAUCCCAAAUUUUUACUGCCGAUUAUGUUUUGUUACAUGUGACAGCAGUGAAUUAAAGUGCAACUAAAAUAAAAAGGGGGAACUUAUUGAUUUAAUGGCAUGCCAGUUUCAUGACAAACCUAAAGAAAAACAGCAAUGAAUGGUUAGUGCAGAUUAUACAGUGCUUCUGUAUAUAAUUUUUGAAUAGUUAUUUUAACCCUACUACAAAAACAGUCGAUUUUUAAAUCACAUCUACUGCAUAGUGUACCACCUGUCACACACCUUAUGAAUUUUAAAGCCACAAGAAGGAAGUAAGAGUUACAAAGUACUUUUUGGUUUAUUUCAUCUUCAGGACACGUGCAGCAGUAUGUGUACGUGUACAAGUAUAUAUUUAUUAUAUACAAUUUAUCAAUUCCACUGAACAAACUGAACGAAAAGGAUUUUAUUCAGAUUUGCCAUAUGCAAAUGAAUAACAAAUGUUUCCACCAUCAGUUUACCAUCAUUUGCUUUUGACCACUCAAAACGAUAAGGCACAUUAGACGAGUCUGUGCUUCAGAACAGCUUACAAGUACUCAUGUAUUUAUUGUAUUUAGAAAAACAAGCACAUUUAAAACACAAACCACUGAAAAUAUCAAAUGUAUAAAAGUGAAAAAAAAACAUACUUGGAAAAAGUAU